UCUCAUUCCAACCAUCAUCUUUGUCGUUUCUGCACACUUGGCAGGGUGUAUUUCGACUUGAGCCUUCUCGUCUCUUUGAUAUUUCAGUGACUGCAGGAUGUCUCUCUAUUAUGGCCAGCCUUCAUACGGCGCCAACGCUUUCAGUCAACCAACGAUGCCGAAUCAUUAUCCACUAGUAUCUCCUCCUCCUGUUAUGCCGAUGUAUAUGGACCCAGCAACUUUCCGCACAGAUUUCUCUAAUCGGCUUGCAGAGCUAACCGUCAACUCACGCCCUCUGAUCCAGAAUCUUUCCAUGAUGGCCCACGAUUAUUCGCGAUUCGCAGAUAUUGUUGCGCAGUCUAUAGAGGCCCAUAUACGCAAGGUUCCUCCGUGGGUGAAGCUUCCGGUGUUCUAUCUGCUCGAUAUGAUUAGCAAAAAUAUCUAUGAACCUUAUGCUCGACAUUUCGCAAGAUUUGUGAUUCCUUUGUUCGUAGAUACCUAUCAACAAGUAGAUGAGGCUACUCGCAACAAGAUGGUCGAGCUGGUGCUCACUUGGCGGACCGGUUCUCCCACAGGCAAGGAACUCUUCGGUUUGCCGGCGCAGGUUCAGAUAGAGCGUAGCAUUUGGGGUGAUGGAUCGAACAGUUCAUCAUCGUCGAACGGGUUCUAUUCAGGUGUUGGGCAAAUUACCAAGGCCCAAGUGCUCAGCGAGCUUGAAUUCACUCUUGGACAAAAAGAAAGAGCCGUUCAGGCUAAUCCCAACGACUUUACAUCGAAGAAUCACGUGAAUGUUCUGCAUCAGCUUCGAAAGAUGGUGGAAGCCGGCGUUUCGCAAAAUGAUCUUCAGCAAAUAUUGAACCAGCUGCGAACUCUCAUGCGAAGCAAUGUCCAAGCAUCAGCAUUACCUCCUCCACCGCCAACUCAUACUCAGCAAUGGUCAUCAACUUCUUACCCUACAAUUCCUGCUUCAAUGCCACUUCCUCCGCCAGCCACUGCACCUGUCACCUUCAAUACAACACCUGUAUACCCUUUAGCAAACUUCAAAUCUGAAACUUAUGUAUCUGCCAACCCUUCUUCUGGUAUCGCACCUACCCCCGUUCCUACAAUCGCUGCGGCUGGCUCUUCAACGCAAACUCCUGAUUUUGCAGGCUUACUCUCAUCACUUAUGAAGGCUGGUGUGGUGACAGCAAACAGCACUCCAACCGGAGCCGGUGCUACGACACACGACGAUUCAACGGCUGAUAUGCUCGAGGCGGUUAAUCAGUCCAGAGAAACUGCAAGGGCCUAUCGAAAAUCUGUAUUAUCCCACUCUGUGCAGUUGACUGCUGCUGCUAUCACUAAAACUCGGCCGCCCAUCUACGAUCUGCUCUACGAACAACUUGGAGCUCAAUGUAAACAAUGCGGCAUUCGAUUUUUAGAUACUGCUGAUGGCAAGAAAGCUCUCGAAGACCAUUUGGAUAUGCAUUUUCGACAAAACCUCAAGGCCAACCAAAAUAUAGGACGAGGUCACAGCAGGAGCUGGUUUAUUAGUGUCGAGGACUGGGUCCAUGACGUUAAAGGAAAGGGACGUGCGGAUGGGUCUAGGCCGAUUACGACUAAAGCUGCCGCUGCUGCUGAAGUUGCUGCACGAGAUGCUAAAUUACGUUCUGAAUUCGUUGUCGUCCCACCUGGAGACGAAGCAAAAAUAUUAUCGUGCCCGAUAUGUAAGGAGCCUCUUAAAUCAGAAUUUGUAGAGGAUGAUGAAGAGUGGGUGUGGAAGAACGCUGUAAAGAAGGAUAAUAGGAUAUAUCACGCUACUUGCCAUGCAGAAGCUUCAAGUAAUGUCCUUGCUGUGCGGUUACGGUCAGAUAUUAACAGUCGAAGCCGCUCUGGUACUCCUGAGUCAAAUUCGUCUUCAAUGACGCGUCUGUCGCUUUCUCCCGAUCCUGUUACCCGCGGUAUAAAACGUAAGGCUGACGAUGAAACUUCGUCUCUCAUUGGCGAAGCUGAAGACUCGCCACAUUAUAAGAAGCUCGCCCUUUCUGCUUCAUAGCAUCAACACAUCGUUUCAUGCUUUUCUUUCUGUUUUCUUUCACAUGUGUUUUUUUCUCUUAUCGUAGCAUCAUCAUCAUUAUCGUGCACCAUUUAAGGGAUAUGUUCAUUCACGCAUAUUUAUUCCCUCUCACCUUGAACACUUAUCAUCAGGAUUAUAAUUACAUGUUGUAACGUUGCAUGGUCUAGAAAUAUAGUCAUUCUAUCACAUCAGUUGCUCCCUAAGCCUAAGCUCUAAACCAGUUGAACGUGCUUAAAUUCUACAGAUCAUUUGGGGAUACAUCGGGUCCAGAUAUAAU